UAAACCUCGCAAAUUUAGACGCAAUGGUGCCGGAGGUUCCUCGCAGCCAUUACGACCCAACGAAGACGGUAGUCACCACCUGCAGGAAUACACCUACAAGAAGAUAACAGCCUGUGAUGUUGUUCGCAGAUAUUGAGAGGCCAUACGCGACAAGGUUUGCGUUGUCGAAUUUGUAAAUUGAAUGCUCAUGGCGAUUGCGCCUCCCAGUUACCCCGUUGCCAGCCCAAGCAAAAACUAUUGAGACGACAAAGAGCACGUCGGAGCUGGAAAACCGUGUUGAUGUCGAAGAAGAAAUCGAUUGUCGUCUUGUGAGAGAGUUACCUUCGGUGGCGAAUAUGUCAACGGCGGCGUAUUUAAGCGGAGGCAUAGGUAUUAAUUAUUACGCUACGUCUGCAACAUUGAUGAGUUCGAGUGCGGGGGCAUCAGCAGGUGCAGGAGCUUCGACGCCCCCGACAUCGGCCCUGUACAAUCUACAGCAAUCGCAGUAUUCCUAUGUGCCAGGACUGCCACUGCCAGGGCAAGCGGCGACAAGCGCCAUGCCAUCACAUGCCGCUGCAGCUGACCCCAGUCUGCGAAGGCGACUGUUUGCCGGCAUUCGUCCCAUGUCCGGAUUUGGGCGUUCACGUUCCCGUUCAUCUCAGCAUCGUUCAAUAUCAUUGCCCGAAACUCCCCAUUCGCCAAGAAGACAAAAGUUGAACUUACGCAUGAAAUCACUGAGCUUGGACUCGCCCGAAUCAUCGGAAUUACAUGGACAAAUUAGACGUAGACAACCACCGGUACCCGGUCCAGCGACGGGAGCCGCCAGCAGCUACUAUCAUGGAGGUUCCGGUGGUCACUUAGAGCACAGUACACCGCCAUCAAACAAUAGUCGUUUGCAUUCUCCCUCGAGUCCUUCGCACCAGGGACGUAAGAUGUUGUAUGCCAGCCGUGGAAUGCGUGGAGGCAGUGUCGAUCUACCCGACGAAAUGGAAAAGUCGCAAUCGUCGGCCAGCACUUCGCCAUGCCCCUCUCCCAAAUCGCACCGGCUGCUGCCCACCAACUUGUAUGUGAUCUUGUAUAACUUUAAGGCUCGUCAUGCCGACGAACUGGACUUAAAGGCUGGCUAUAAGGUUACUGUUAUCGACACCUCUGACCCCGACUGGUGGAAGGGCAAGGUGUUGGGACGUGUUGGAUACUUCCCAUCCAAGUACUGUGUGCGUUUGAAUGCAAACGAAAAGCCACUGCAAGUCACCCACAACUUGCAAGUUUCGGAUGGAGAACGAGGAGAAAAUAUGACACUCCUGCGGGAUCAAAUUGUAAUACAGGCGGGCGAUGAAGUGAACGGAAUGGUCAUGGUACGCUCUGCUGACAAUCGCCAGGGCUAUUGCCCAAUAAAAUAUCUACAAGAAGUGUGACAGCCCGAAGAUCCGACUGGCGACCGCGACAAACAACCCCAAAAGUCGUCAUUGUCAUCCAAGGCGGGGGACAAGGGCAGUCGUCGGAUACGCAUCGUUGUCACAGACAGCAAUGGUGGUACUCAGACCACCUAUAGGAGCAUAAGGGACAAGGACAAGGGAGAAGUCAAAAACACAAAUGUCGACUACAAUGGUGACUACGAUAUGACCAAGACGCUAACGUUUUGCUUGGAUGGCAGCGGGCGCAGCAAAAACGACAAAAAUUGGGAGAAUUGGGAGCGAAUUCGGGAGCAGAAAUUGGAGCGCAUGAAGAGUAUUUGCUUUGAGAGCUAUCGCCAGUCGAAAAGAGAUAAAAUGCUUCUGACCAAACCGAAACCGCGGCAACUUGACCCAAACUGGUACACGGACAACAUUUAUUCUAAUCGCUCCGAAGAUUUGGACGACGGGUACAUUCCGGAAUGUCUGAAAUAUGGGAGAAUGGGAAAGCUAAGGAACAUACGUGAAAACGAUGAGUUAUUUAUGGAGAACGAACUGGUCGGGACUGUGUUUGAGAGUGGCGUAGGCGCCGGUAGUGGUGGCAUGAAGGAACGGAGGGGUGAGGGAGAAGGUUCGGCCGCCUAUGGCCUGCAGCGUUCGAUCAGCUGUAAGGAAUUCAAUUACUCGAAAUCCCAAAGCUGCUCCUUUCCCGACCGCAGCUAUGACGAAGGAGUCGGUGCUUCACCGCCGCCCCCCGUACCCUCAAUUCCGCAUGCCCCCAUGACGUCGAUACUGAAGAACAAGUCGAACGUACCCAAGUCUUAUUCGUUUAGUGCUUCGUCGAAAACCACGCCCUUCGACGUUAUGGACUACGAGGUGCCACCGGCCGUGGGAAAGUCCAGGCGGGAGCGUCACGAGGCUUUCCGCAAAUCUAUGGGUUACCAUUGCAGUAAUAGCUUGGAUGAGGCCGCUCUAUCUUCAGCCCAAGAUUUGCAUGUGUGCUGUGCCCGGGAACACUGCACGAAUGCCAAGUGCUUGCUCGAUGACAUCUAUUCGGAAAGCUAUGCCACUGCUCCGCGUAGACCCUGGCGAAGGAUAGCUCCUUCGUCAUCGUCGAUGUCUGGCUUGUAUGGUGCUGGUGUCAGUAGUGGUAGCAACAGAAACCUGCAUGAUAUUGACUGGUGGGAAGAUCGAAGUAAUCAUCGUGUGGCAACGGCUUCUCGCUACUCGCUGCUAUCGGGCGCUGGAUCACAUCGUGAGCAGCCUUUGCCGCCGCCACCUACGGUGAUUUGUUGUUGUGCCGCCGAUGACUAUUGCUGCCACCACCAACAGCAGUACCUUAUAGCCAGAUCUUUGCAGCAGCAGCAGCUGCCGCCUCCGGUUCCACGGUCUCGAUAUCACUGCCCCAGCCACCAUCCUGCGGCUGAAGAGGAGGAGCACAUGCAUUGCCGUGCCAUGGCUUUUGACACAGAUUUAGACCACUUUAUACGGGAUGAAAGGGACCGUCUAUUGAUGCAAGACAAGUUUUUGGAUGAGGACGAGCGCUAUUUGUCAUCAGGUGCGCCUCGGCGUAACUAUGGCUCGUCCUCCUGCGCCUAUAGACGUCCGGCGAGAACCAAGUCUCUGCUAGAAGUACAACCACCCAGUCGCUACGACGAGGAUUCCUGCUCGGACACCACAGAAAUGGACCUGCAAGACUUCAAUAUAGACUUGGAAAAAUAUUGGGAAGAGCUGGAGAAGCCGCCCAGCCCGAUAGAUUUGGAUAUGCAACGCCGCAACAUGCAUAGCAAUCUUAAAGUAAAAAAUGUCAGCGUUGGAUGUUACAACAAUGGACAACCCAUAGAUUUACACGAUCGCGAACAAGAACGCAUGCUGAUUAAGAAGUCCCUCCUGGAGGGAAUGCCUUCACCCCCCCAAGUUGAGCAUCCCUCAGCAUCUGCUUCACUGCCCACGGACGCAAACAGUGCCUCGAACACAUUUCAUUUUUUUGAGCAACCCGGCUCCCCCCUCCACCGCCCAUUUACUUAUGGCCACAAAGUGUACCCCGCUGCUGAAACGCUGCCAACCUAUCAAUACAACAAUUUCUAUCCUGAAGAAGUCCAAACCCAACAGCCCACCUCCUCUGGCCAGCACGCCUCAGCAAGUGGCCACUCGGCCCUCAAUCUGAUCAACAACAUAUUCUCCAUUUACAAGCCAAACAAAUACGCCGCUCAAAAUUCCCACUUCAACGAGACCAAGCCCGAGCCUUGCAAAAAAAUGAACGUCCCCAGCACAAGGCGACCGCUUGGCGCACCCCACUCCCAGUACAUGCACUCCAUGAAACGACCACUGAUCGUCAGCACCGAGCAGCCCCACUUCAAGAUCAUACCCGAAAAGACCGGCCUCAAGAUAUCUCCAUUUUACAACUACGACGAGGACUUCGAGGACAAGCCGCAGUCGCGACUGAAACUUACGAGCACCGCUCGUCCGCUAAUGCUUCCGCACUGAUGGUGCUGGACAUUUCCGUGGUAUGGGGGUUGCUAGUGCCGACCGCAGCGGCUGCUACACCAGCGCAACAUUGCUCAGCGACUCCGUGGUCAAGAACGUUUCUACUCAACAUUCAUUAGAUCGCGGCAUUGGCCUAUCAAAUCAAUCAACUCAAUUCCCCUCUCUCGUCUGUGGCUACGCCUAUUUACCGCAAAUAUAUCCUCCUACCGUCUCUGCCACUAAGCUGCUACAUCAGUGUCAAACGCAGUGAAAACAUCUUCUCCCGCCUACCCCAUCCAAGGACAGUGCAGGAGUUUUCCGAACCGCCAAAACUUCAUCGCAGUGUAUUCGAAAGGCAUCCGCGCGCUCUAGAGAAGAACUGAGGAAGGGACGUAGAACUUCCACAUUUACACCAACAUACCAUUGGAAAUGCCAACCUAUCUUAACGCCCAUCAACAUUUCACACUGCUUUCAAUACGAUUGGAAGCUGACAACGAGUGUCGAACCGAAACACAAUGAGAUGCCUUCCAUUUGACAUUCUUCCAAAGUCCAACCGACCAACAUACGACUGAUAGCCUGCAGGCCGAGCAGAGCAGGCACAGCAGCGCUGUACGCUGCUCAGUACCAACGAUAACCUCUAAAGAUAUCGAUGCUACCAAUGAAGCCCGCCCCGAGACUGACCCGCACACUACUUCACGAAGGAAUGCCUAUAAGUCCCAGGUGGAUCCCUCGAAUGCUACGAUCCCCCAUCUGUUAGGCAUACGGCCGCAUUAAGUGGCAAAAGGCUCAAGCGUCUAGCCCAAGCAACAGAAAUCGAAAACAACAACGGCCAACAUGACGUCACAAAAACAAUCAACCAAUAGUAUUAAUGUACCCUCCGCCCCCGGAGGCAGAUAUACCAUUUACACUUAUACGUAGAAAUUAAUGUAACUGCAAAUGUUGUUUAUACCCAUGUAUGCAUGUAUGUAUGUAUGUAUGUUUGUAUGUACAACGCAGCACACCAAAACGAAAAGCAACCCGAAGCAAAGGACACACCCACUUUUUAUCUGCUACUUAGUAAACGUAGGGCGAAUAAGACAAGUAAUUAAACUUUAUACAUUAAAACAACAACAGCAACAAGUUAAAAAAACACUUCGAUUUUAUUCCCAGUCAAACCAAUCUCCUGUUAACGAUGCAACAACAUUUUUAUCCAAACCUAAACGGAAAACUUUUUUCGACGAAUUUUUUCAUACACUUUUUCUAUUUUUAUACCAUAAUGACAAUUUAACUGAGACGAGAGAAAAACCACAACUAAACAAAGGAAAGUUUAACAAACAAAAAGAAAACACUAUAAAGAAAACCAAACCACAUGCACACACUCACACACGCACACACCCCGAAAGAUAUGACGAAGACACGCUACCUUUUAUUCUCAUCGCUUCACAUCGCUUCCCCACAGUCCACUGAUGAAGGCAAUGCGAUGGCCAUUUGGAGAAAUGCUUCUGCGCGGAACCAUCUUGAUGCGUGUGUCUGUGCAGGCGUUCCGAGUAAGCCAGAGGAUCGAAAAUCCGCUCGAAACCGAUAUUCCAGUAGGCCUCGUGACUUUUGUCUAAAUUGUCUACAACAGCAGAGCAAAAUAUUUUUGAAAUGCUCCGAACUAAAUGUAACCCCAUAAUAUAUGGGUUGCAUUAAGUUCAAACCUAGGUCGAGUUCAAAGAUUGGCUACAUCGGCCCUUCAGAUUUGGGCCUCGGAAUUUUUGUAUUUUGAAAGUUUUGAUCAACGUUUGAUUUGAUUGAUUUGUGUUGCUUCGUAGUUCGUUUGAACAAUGUAAUGAAAAUAAAACGUUGGACUAUUUUGAUCUAAAGUCAGACAAACACACAUAUCUAUGGAAUCGCACUACUUAGAGCCUCUGUAUGCUUAUUUCUAAAUUAUCGAUGACCCUUGGAACGAAAAUACAUGUGAGCUGGCUUGAACGCACCGAGGGAAACAUACCAGAUGGUAACUCAUACUCAACCAACUGUGCCAUCGCACUCUGUUUCUGAUCAGUGGGACUACGACGCGGACAUGGUCGUGGCUGCGUGUUUUUAGUUCCAUAUCAACCACUUAUUAUAACGGUAUGAUAAUGUCUUCAAAAGAACAAACAAAUUAGCCUCACAACAAUAACAACAACAACAACAGCAUCACAGAAGUGGUGGCAAGAAGCACCACUGCUAUUACAUACAUAAGUAGUUAGCCACAACAGCAUUGGGCCCCAAGUCCGUUUGAAAUAGGUUCUGGGGUACACACCAUUUUUAAUCGUAAACGAAUUACAUGUAAGCUAAAACAAAAUUGAAAAACACGAGCAAAAGCAUAUCGGGCACAAUUCCGAACAGAAAAUGGGGGUUUUGAGUGUUUGACUUAAAGCCGCUUUGAAACACUGUGGAGGCAUUAGGUCACACCGAAAGGCUUUUAAUCGCCUCCGGUAAAUUAUAAUUUUUCGGUUAUUUCCCAUUGCUGCCAAAGUACUGAUGGCUGAAAGUGAGUGUGGCAAUAAGACCCAUUCCAUUUAAAAUGAAAAUGAAAUGUCUGGAGUAUGUCUGAAUAAGCAAGAAGAAAAAAAAUUGGAGCGCCCAUCAUUACAAAAUCUGCGCAAGAAAGGUAUAUCCUUAAGUGGCGUUAAAAAUAGGACUGAAUGUCCUUGGCUCCUUUUUUUACUGAAUAUGAUAAUUUCCUUAAAGGAAAUUAUAUUGUAUGGCUUGAAACACAGAACAUUCCCUCCUACUUUAGUGUGGUUCGGACCAUGUAUCUCUGUGGCGAUUCAUACCAAUUGAAAUAUGGGAAUAUUUUCUUUCGUUCCAAACCGAGAACAAAAAUAUCUGAAAUGCGUCCAUCUGGAUUUGGUUCCAAAGACAGUGCUUCAAGUCGACAACGACAAAACACCCAGUGUCACACACUUCACUACGUGCUUGUAACAUAUAGCCAGCGCUUUGUAUUACAAACUAUAGAAUACUUAGUAACUCCCAGUGAAAACUUAUGUAUGAAAUACACGGGCCUUAUUUUUCAAAACAAAAACUAAGUAAAUAUACAUAACGAUAACAAAAACCACAUGAAGAAUAAGUAACAAAAAACACAACCUAAAAAUAUAAUGAAAAGAAACUAACGAGAACGAGAACGAGGAGUACUUAUUUAGCACAGAACAGGGGAAAGAGGUACCCAUCCCUCCUUGCCCAUCUCCGUAGCUAGGAAUAUGGCAACUGUUAGCUUCUUCCACGCCAAACGCAUGCGCGCGCAUUCCUCCAGGAGUGCAAAAGAAGAAGUAUGCAACACAUAAUAAACGAACUUUAAGCCCAUUUGAAUAACAAUGCGAACAAUGCUUUUAAUAAAUAAUUUAUUUUACAAUGAAAAAUAAAAAACAAACACUUAGAGAUAAUUAGCUUUUGUGAAGUCCUAUUUCCCCUUCUAAAUGCCUUUUUAGUAAAUCCAAAAGAAUAAAAAUAAUGAAGUAAACCAAUGACAUUUGCAAGCUGAACUUGAAAAACGAUUUAGACUUUUUACGAAUAAGAUUAGAAUUAGACGACACACACACUCACACCCAUGCACACUUCCUUCCCCUCCACCCCGCAUUUCCACAUUAUGUCCCGCCGUUGCAGACCGCAAGUCUUACAACACUGAGCUUCUCCUGAAGUUAUAUGAUGAAAUGAAAAAUAGUAUCUAGGCAAACACCGGAUGCAGCUUAUGCAAAAAUAUAAAGCAAACCACACACACACACACACACACACUGACGCAUUCCUGCCUCUUCACCGCUUCCAUCCCUUGUCAUGCCAAGCAAAUACGCACCGAAUUAACUCUCACCUACAUGCUGCACACACACACACACACGCGCGCUCUUAGAAUAAAAAAAUAUACAUAUAGAUUUAAAAUAAAAAUAGUUCAUACAACACAAUAAAUAUUUAUUUAUAAGAUAUAAGUGUAAAUGUCGUUUUUUGUCUUUAAAAAUCAUGGAAAGGCAGGAAAAACGAUCGAUGUGAGAAACACCACCACUCAAUUGAAAACGCCCAACUCUUAUGAACAAAACCUUGGAACAGCAUCGUUUCAUAGAUCAUUCACACCGAGACCCCAAAACGCUCGAAGGAAACCGACAUAGUGUUUUCAUUUAUCUUCCACAAAAAUAUAUCCGCAGAUAGGCAUACACCCGAAAAUGUCCAUUUAUCAGUCCCAUCAUAGCCGUCUACAGCAAUACGCACAACCUGUGCAUCGAAUCUUCAUGUGUACACCCACUAAGAGCAAUAGAGUUACAGAAUACUAACCUACCAUGUGGUACUUGACGAAGGAACAGCUACGCCAUUGCGAACUUGGGUCUGGGUGGUACCCUUUAAAUCAGAGCUGAGCAAAGUCAUAUCAGAUUGUUUCAUUAAAUUUUAUUAAUUUGUUCAACUAUUUUUAACUCAUAUGCUGACCAUAAUAGUUGUUAAAGCUAAUUUUUAAAAGAUUUCAAUGAAUAACACAUAGCCCUUGAUGGCCUAAUUGUUGAACAAAAACUUAGAGAAAUUGGCCGAGUGCGCUAGAACACCUUCUUGCUCAAAUAUAAAUUGUCUCCCUAGAGGAACUAAAAAAAUUUAAACAAUUCUACGUAGUAUGGUCCCUAUCCCCUAAGACAUGUGACGUCUUACCCAUAUUACGCAAACAUUUAUAGGACCCACGGCUCGCAUUCCGCAUAAAUCUAUUCUUAAUCAAAUGUACACAUAAUAACGAAAAUCGCGAUUAAAAAGAAUGGUGGUAGCGAUGUUGUUCCCACGAAAUAGUAUUGAUAUCCAACAGCGGCCGUAAAAGUCGUGAAGGAAAACCUGCUACUGCUCGGCCCAUAUGUGUGGCAAUAUUUUCCGGAAACAAAUGUCACAGCUGUUGGUGAAUGUGACAAGUCGUUAUUCCUUAUUAUGGUGUAGUUCAAACAACGCGUUUGCCUGUGACUCAGAGUAUGAUUUAGAGAAUCCGACUACAGAUCCCCAAUCAAUGGCAGCAGUCUGUUGCCCUUUCCUUCCCUUUUCUUUUCUGUUGCUGGUCUAAAAAGCUUUCGUAUAGCUCUUAGUUUAUAUGUCCAGGGAUCUACAUAUUGUUCUUUUUAUUCUUUUUUUUAUCAUUUUUAACCCUUGUGACUACUUUGGGUCAUUUUAAAACAAACGUAUAAAACUCUGUGUCUAUGUAUUUGCUUUCAAUGAUUAAACAUUUUUAACGAAUGGGGAAACUAAAGUUUUUAUUUACGACAGAGAGUGAAACAUUGAAUUCCAGUAUUAAAUGUAUUCCCCUCACCUCGGUAAGGAACGUAAUAAUCAGGAAGUACGACAUCGCCCAAAUAUACUUUAUAUAAAUAUAACUUUCAAUCAUCGCCAGAUCACACAGAAAUUAACCCAUUCACUAAUUUGACACACAGUGUCAUCGAAUAUUACUAUUCACACAGGCAUGGAGAGGAAAUGCCCAAACAAAUAUCCCAGAGCUGCCUGACACACUCAACAGGCUAUGCAAACACACAACCAAAGUAGUUUAAGGACCGAUACAUAAAACGAACACAUCUAAAAUAUAAAUACAAAUGUACAGAAAAGUUCUAGCGCCCAUUCCAAUUGCAUGCAGAAUUGAAAAACUCAAAACGAAAAUCCUUUGCAUGCGUACACAUCCUGAGAGUCAAUGUUGAACACUCUAUGGAAACAAAUCGAUACGACAACAACAACAACAUUCAUUAACCGCUCAAUCACCCCACACACACACACACACCACUACACAACAAGAAGAAUCGUUGAACGUAAUUCGCAAAUGUGUAUUGAAUAACAUAUAAUGAACAUAUAUAUGAACAUCAACAACAACAAAUGAAUGUACUUGCAACCAAAAAAAUAAAAUUAAAUGAAUAAACAAUGCCUAUCAAACAAAGAUCGAUCACUCUAA